CGAAGAAGAACUAUCAAGUUGUCCACAAUGGACGAGUGAAGGUUCGAUGUUGUGGCCUGGAUGUGACGUGUGAUGAGAGGAUCGGGUGUUGGAAAACGUUACAGAAACGACCACAAGCUGUCUCAAACAACAGGCCUGAACUUUGAGUACUAAGACGGUCUGUUUGGGUCUUACUGCUGUAUUACAACCGAUAAACGAUGGCUAGCGGAAAGACUAUGACCCAGCCCAAAGACUUCCGCGGUCAUACGAUGAAGGGGGACAGACUGACAGUUCAGGGCUUGGGCAUCACCCCCCGACCCACCACCCCUGCUCACGAUUUACUGCUGCCCAGUGGGGUGGUUGCUAACCCAUCGCCAGAAGUGGCCUCGUCACGAGAUUCUGUAGCUUCUGAUGACGGAUCCCUGGAAGACGGCGAGGCGUACACCAUGUUGCAAGGGGUCAGGAGCAUGAACAAGGUUUUGGAGGGCCAGGUAGAAGCUCUGCGAUUACGUCUUCAGGUUGAGGAGAGGAAGCAUAGUGAGGACAAAGGAAAGCUAACUAAGGCAAAGGAUGAGGUCAUCUCGUCUAAAGAAACAGAGAUAGAGGAUCUCAAAGACUCUCUGGUCAAUCGCGAGGAAAGGAUCCAGGUGCUGGCGCGCGCAAGCGAGGAGAAGGACCGUAUUAUCGAGACCAAAGUGGGCGAGAUUGACGAGCUCAAGAAGCUGGUUAAGCAGACAGAAGAUUAUGCCAAUAAGCUCCAUCGCCAAAUCGGCAGAAUCCGUGAUGAGAAAAAAGCGUUGGAAGGGGACAGUCUUUAUCAAGAACAAAACAGAGAAAUUUCAAGACUUUCUGAGGAACUCGCCCUGCUGAAAACGCGACUAGCCGAAAUGGAAAUCGAGCUAAAGCGAGCUCUCAAAAUAAUUGAAGAACAAAAUUCAAAGAUUCGCGAGAUGGACUUGGAGCGAGGCACCAUCCACGACAAAUUUCGUCAGGAGCUGGAAAAAGCAACAAAAGCUAUGCGUCAGGAGGUAGAGCGCAUGCGUGAAGUGAUGCGACAAAAUUAUGAAGAGAUGCGCAACAUUCGCGACCAGAACAACCAGAUGCACAGCGACGUGAAAGACAUCAAAGAACUGCUGCUCAGAAGCAAGCUUACUCCACGGAACGAGGGCACCGGCGUGCAGCGGCCCCUGCCAGCCAGCCCCAUCAACAUGCUGCAACCGGCUGAGUACAGUUCGCGAAGCCCUGCGCCUCCAAAACGCGUCCCUCCCAAGACACCCAGCCAGGGAAUCGUGCGGCAGUCGAGAGCAGGCAAGGGAUCCUUCAAUUCCGCGGUCAAAGAAAGUGUAGAACAGUUAAUCCCAUCGAGCAAAGACCGAGCCCUCGCCAAGGGCUAUUCCCCGCUGGGGUAUCAAAGUCCCAAAGCUACAGCUUCGUCCAGCACAAAGACCGGCGCUCAAGGGAGUUUGCCUCCGAUUUGUUCAAUGAAAGAUGAACCUGCAUCAUUAUCACCACCUGGUAAUAGUGGGCAACAGAGAGCCAAGUCUGGAUUUAAAUUGGUUACAAACAGAAAUUCUGAGAAGAAAUAGGAGACAUAAACUCCAGAGGUGUACUGCAUUGCACCAUCAGCAAUACUUUAUUAAUGUGUGAAAGUUGUCAUUUGCAUGACAAAGAGAAAUACCACCCAAACAACACACAAAGUUGAAUAGGACCAUCCAGAGAUCCCUUUGUUAUUUUACUCCUUUGUGGUUGUUUGCGUGAACCGCAAAUCUAGGACCGUGCUAGAACUAAAAACUGGUGUGCUGAUGUUGGUAGUCUUAGACUUUACGUAAGAAUCUCUGAACUGUGAUGAGCGAUUUUUGUGAUGCUGCUACCUGUGGAUUACUUGUGAUGUUUUUUAAAGCAUCAACAAACUGUAGCUGUUUGUAGCACAUUCCAGGACAACAGACUGUGAUAAAUUCUGUUUCAGGAUGCUGACAAUUUGUUAAAAAGUAAAAAAUAAAGUGAGUGUGGAGGGGUGGGUGGGUGCGUGUGUGGGUAAGUGUGAGUACACGUAUGCAUGCAUGAAUACAAAGACCUUGAGAGGUUUUCAUGUUUGUGGAUUUAACUUAGAUAAAGAGGAAGUUCCUAGUGACAUAAAACAGAGCUGUUUCAGAAAGAUCUGAUUCUGCUGGCAGCCUAUUUCAAUUCUUUGCCAUUAUCCCUUUUCAUAAAAUACUUUAAUUUUAAAAAUAGUCUAAAUGCACUUUAAAGAAACAAAACAUACAAAAUGUAAACUUACAAAUUCUGCUUCUGCUGAUAUUGGGCAGCCAACAUAUCUUCUGAUGGAAAAAUUAUGGCAAUUCAUUGUUUUGAAGUGUAAAACUGUGUAUACACAGCAAUACCUGUUACAGAAUGGUCGCUCAGAGAAAGCUAGUAAAUAUUACAGUAUCUAGAGUUGAAUUGUGUUUCUAUAAGAAAGUCAUUUAUUAAGUUUACUUGUUCACCCAUUAAUCACCACCACCACAACACUGUAUACUACCUCUUCUGAAUACUUUCAUAUCCAUUUGCUAUGUGAUGAAGAGUUUCCAAGGUUUACAUUAGAUAAUAUUUUGUUCUGAAAUGGGAUCCAUUGUGAUCUCAUUCUUAAACAGCUCAGCUUAGAAGCCAUAGUUUUCAAUGGUCAUCUUUUUGCUUUUUUUUAAACAGUUUUCUUCUGUGACAGGGCAUGUUAGGGCAUCUGUUACUCAGGAACAAAAAGAACGAGAAAAUAUUUCCAAAACGCUACUAUUUUUCAUUUUCUGAGUUUCAUAAACUCUAAAAUUUAUAGAAGAUUUUUUUUUAAAAAAGCUAGAAGACUAAAAGAGGUCUGGUUCUUUUCUACAAAAAGUAGGAUUUUUUCUUCUCCUUAAGCACUGACAAACUUCUCAUCAGUUCCAAUGCCCUGUGUAUGCCACAAUGCAGACUAAAUGAAGGAGGCGGAAUCUUGGAUCUUGCCAUCCAAGUUAAAUGCAGGGAGGUAAAGACCUAGCCUAUAUCCUAAAACAAAGAUUUGUCAUAUAUUGAUCAGAUUUCCCCUACAGGUACUACCCACAUUGAUGUUAGAGAUCAUUCAUGUCUAUACAGAUUACAUGAUCCUAUUUUUGCAAAAUAAAACCACAUUUGAAUUGCAAA